AUUGAAGGUUCUCCUAAUUAGUACCUACAUACAUACCUAUAUAAGACUACCUACCUACCUAUGUAUAUAGUUAUCUCAACCUUUUACAAUUACAUACCUCCUACAAACGUAUCACGAAUUCCUUCUGGCUCUCUACCUCAUUGUUUACGUAUUGUUAUAUACCGACUCAGGUAUUCAUUGUGGGAAUUGCUUCGUUUUGUUCUCUAAAACUAACACCGUCCGACUACAAUAUCCCAAACCUGACAGUUUCCCCCGUGAGCUAAUGGCUGCGCGAGCGUCUUGUUGGGCCAUCCCACUAAGUGUGAGCUUAGGCAUUCCAAUUAGUCUCUACGUAACUUUCAUCUUGCUCGGCGCAUUUCCCUUUUUUCAAAGACAUUUCUUGUAUGCUCAUCGAGUGAACACGCUGUUCUGGCAUAACAUUGAUAAGCCGGAAUAUUGGGGGUUUGCUAAGAACCAAGUGACACCUUUCUCGCUAACUGCUCCUGAUGGCGAAAGCCUCUACGCAUGGCAUAUUUUGCCGCUCCCCACUUACCUAAAGCACGAGAAUACCCUUCAGUUCCAGCAGUCGGGUUUCUCGGAUGAUAUCACUAAGACGGAAUCGUUUAAGCUGCUCAGAAAUGACCCUGAGGCUCGACUUGUAGUCUACUUCCAUGGGAAUGCCGGCCACAUUGCUCAGCGCAUUCGUCCUAACAGUUACCACUCUCUAACAGACUCUUCUCGCUACCACGUCCUGGCCAUUGAUUACCGUGGUUUCGGCAAGUCGACCGGCACGCCGUCGGAAGAAGGGCUUAUUCGUGAUGGCAUUACAGCCGUAGACUGGGCGAUGGAUAUAGCAGGUAUCCCAGCAAACCGGAUCGUCGUCCUAGGCCACAGCCUCGGCACGGCGGUUACGAGCGGUAUCGCGGAACACUUUGCCAUGCAAGGCAUCGAGUUCGCGGGCUUCAUCCUUGUUGCCGGGUUUUCUGACCUACCAACCCUUGUCUCUACAUAUGCAGCAGCUGGAUUCAUACCAAUUCUCUCGCCAAUCCGAGCGUUCCCGCCACUCCUCCGCUUCUUCCAAAGCUUCAUAGUAGACAAGUGGAAGUCCGCGGACCGGCUUGCCCAUCUCGUGAGCCUGACGCGAACGAGACUACGACUGACUUUCAUUCACGCCAAGAACGACUUAGAUAUACCAUGUCACGAGAGCGACGUAUUGUUUCAAUACGCGUCGAGCGCCGCUGUCAAUGAAGAGCUCGACGACGAUAGCUUUUUAUCGUGGAAAGAGCAACGGAGUUUGCGUGGAGAAGAUGGAACUUUCGUCGCAAUUGUUAAGGCUGGGCCGGAUAUGAUUAUUAGGGAAGAACUGCUACCAUAUGGCGGGCACAACGAUGUCAUGAUGUCUUCGGCUGUUUCGCUAGCAGUUAUGAGGUCGUUUGGGUUAGAUACAGCCUAGGUAUUUCUAGAGAUACUGUUCAUUAAUACGGUAUCUGGAUAAUAGGGGUUUAUUAUCAAUAAGUUUCCUAGACUUGGUUUAGCCUUUAUUCACGAAUUAGAGAUGAUAUAUUUUGAAUACCUAGGUGAAACGAUAAUAGCAGGUAUCUCAUAGUAAGUAUAUAUAUGUGUGUGCCUUGUCUUGUUAAAAUUGAUAAUACCUAUAUUAUUAGAACGGCCG